AUGGAGUCAGUAAUAGACCUAUGUGAAUGUAAUGACCGCAACAAAGUACGGUUCGCCGUACAUAUGUUUGAAGCUGAAGCCCUUCACUGGUGGAACAUUGUGGUCCGAAUAGAGGGAAAAGAAAAGGUUAAGGAGAUGAAGUGGGAGGAGUUUAUUCAUAAGUUUCUUGCUAAGUAUUGUCCUCCCAGUGAGAUUGAGCAACUGGAAGUGGAAUUCUUUCAGUUAAAAAUGGGAAAUAAAACCUAUCGAGAGUAUGUUUCUCGUUUCAGUGACAUAUCUCGACUGGUUUCUUAUUUAGCAUUGACUAAGGAACAACUGAUCAAUAGGUUUAUUUGGGGUCUACCCUCUGAAAUGAGGGUGUUUAUCAAAUCCAAAUCCCCCAAGACUUUUGCAGAAACUGUUGAGGCUGGCGCCGUCAUGGCUGCUGAGAUAAUUCUGCGGCAGGCUGAAUCUCACGCACCAAAAAGGAAGUGGGAAGAAAGAAAGGGGACACCCAGAAUAACAACUUUAAAAGGCCUAAAACAUUUCCUCAAUGUCAAAUUUGCAAACGCUUUCAUACGGGGGAAUGCCGUUUUCCUUGUCCAAAUUGUAAAAAGACGGGUCAUUCUCUUCAAGAAUGCAAGGAAAAGAAGAAGUGUUUCGGAUGUGGAGACCCUAACCACAUGA